AUGGCACUCGCUCGCUUAGCCAUCAUAAGCCUCUCUUGUGUCCUUUUUCUACUCUUUUAUUCCAGCACUUGUGUUGCGAUCCCAGUACCUCCUGGCACGAAUAUAGGGAAUCGACAAACAUGGCCAGGUACAGGUCAUACUACACCUCCCGGAAAGGGUCUUAGCACACGUGCUCCGGACGAAGACAAUACCACACCUGCUCCGGUCCAAGACAAUACCACACCUGCUCCGGUCCAAGACAAUACCACACCUGCUCCGGUCCAAGACAAUACCACACCUGCUCCAGAACUAGAUACUGCAGCCGCAAUAAAAGGCGGACUCAAAGAAUUCGCAAAAGUCGCUGGUUUGGCGCCUGACGAAAUCCUUUUUCGCUCCUCUGCGCCCAACUACAAGAACAAUGAUAAGGAUCAGAAAAUAACUCCAGAGACUAUUGCGGCAUUCAAAGAAUAUGGCAUCACUCAUGUCAUCAAUGUCAACAGGGAAGCCGAGAGCCAGGAGUACAAGGAUGCACUGAAGGCAGCUGGUAUCAAGUAUACACCCAUACCUGUCAAGGACUACUCCGCCCCAACUCAGAAGGAUUUUGAAAAGGCCUGGGACAGUUUUAAAGAGAAUAAACCCGCCGGAACGCUAGUCCACUGUGGCUUUGGCCAUGGUCGGACGGGUACAGUGGUCACCAGUAUACAGAUGCGCUCCGAGCACGAGAGGGGGAUAUUGAGAAAAUGGGGACCUGCAGAUUACCGGAAAAACCACGUAGAACACGAAACCGUUCUGAAGCAGUCGACCGGCCAGGACGAAUCGCUGGAAAAAUUGCAGACUAUCUUGAAGAAGGAAGCCGACUGUUAUCCGAUUACGCAGUCACCGGGCCCGGCCCCGGCUGAUGGCGAUGACGACGCCGGUAUUAUACCGCCGCCCACGCAUCCUUCAGCGAAGCCGAAGCCAAAGCCAAAUACAUCCAACGACGGACAGGGGGCCGACGACGACGACGACGAGGUCAUUGUGCCGCCACCCACGCAUCCUUCAGCGAAGCCGAAGCCAAAGCCAAAUACAUCCAACGACGGACAGGGGGCCGACGACGACGACGUGGACGAGGUCAUUGUGCCGCCGCCCACGCAUCCUUCAGUGAAGCCGAAGCCCAAGCCAAGUACGCCCAACGGUGGACAGAGACCCGAUGAUGCUGGGGAAGAUGACGACUCUGACGGCACUGGAACCAAGCCGAAGCCGACUAAGCCAAAGCCGACUAAGCCAAAAUCCGGAAGGACGCGUCGUCACUUUGACGCAUAG